AUGCUGAAGCCCGGGGACCCCGGCGGAUCCGCGUUCCUGAAGGUGGAUCCCGCCUAUCUGCAGCACUGGCAGCAGCUUUUCCCGCAGAGCAGCCAGCUCAAAAGCAGCGGGCCCCUCGCCCAACUCCAGCCGCCCGAGAGAGCCGAGCCCCCGGCUGACAACCUCCGCCAGCGCCCGACCUCCCUGUCCUCCGCCUCCUCCUCCUCUUCGUCGUCCACUCCGUCUUCCUCCUCCACCUCGUCCUGCGUCGCUGCGGCGGCGGCUUCUCUGGCUGGUCUGACCUCCCUGCCUGUGACCCAGCUCCCGGUCUUCGGGCAGCUGCAGAGCUCGGAGCUCCCGGCCGGGGGAGCGCCCGCUCCCCUGCAGGGCAAGGAUUUGUGCGGGGCCGGCAACGGCGGCGGCAAAUGCGGUGACCGUGGUGCCGCUCGGUACCGCUGCACAGCCGAGGAGCUGGACUACUACCUGUACGGGCAGCAGCGCAUGGAGAUCAUCCCCCUGAACCAGCACACCAGCGACCCCAACAACCGAUGUGACAUGUGCGCUGAUAACCGCAACGGGGAGUGCCCCAUGCACGGGCCCCUGCACUCCCUGCGCCGGCUGGUGGGUACCAGCAGCGCGGCCGCAGCAGCCCCGCCGCCCGAGAUCCCGGAGUGGCUCCGGGACCUGCCCCGGGAAGUGUGCCUGUGCACCAGCACUGUGCCUGGCCUGGCCUAUGGCAUUUGUGCGGCACAACGGAUCCAGCAGGGCACCUGGAUUGGGCCCUUCCAGGGAAUCUUGCUCUUGCCAGAGAAGGUUCAAGCCGGUGCCAUCAGGAACACUCAGCAUCUCUGGGAAAUAUAUGACCAAGAUGGGACAUUGCAGCACUUUAUCGAUGGUGGAGAGCCCAGUAAGUCAAGCUGGAUGAGGUACAUCCGAUGCGCAAGGCACUGCGGGGAGCAGAACCUAACGGUGGUUCAGUACAGGUCAAAUAUAUUCUACCGGGCUUGUAUAGAUAUCCCCAGGGGCACUGAGCUGUUAGUGUGGUACAAUGACAGCUACACAUCUUUCUUUGGAAUCCCUCUCCAGUGCAUUGCACAAGAUGAAAAUUUGAAUGUCCCUUCGACUGUAAUGGAGGCCAUGUCCAGACAAGACACCCUACAAUCAUUUAAUAAAAGUAGCAAACUGUCCCCUGCCACUCCACAGCGAUCCGUAGUAUUUCCACAGACUCCGUGUAGCAGAAAUUUUUCUCUCCUGGAUAAGUCUGGGUCCAUCGAGUCAGGAUUUAACCAGAUCAGUGUCAAAAACCAGCGAGUUCUUGCAAGCCCAACUUCAACAAGUCAACUAAAUUCUGAGUUCAGUGACUGGCAUCUUUGGAAAUGUGGGCAAUGCUUUAAGACUUUCACCCAGCGGAUCCUCUUACAGAUGCAUGUGUGCACGCAGAACCCCGACAGACCCUACCAGUGUGGCCACUGCUCCCAGUCCUUCUCCCAGCCGUCGGAGCUGAGGAACCAUGUGGUUACACACUCCAGUGACAGGCCUUUCAAGUGUGGCUACUGCGGGCGCGCCUUCGCUGGUGCCACGACACUCAACAACCACAUCCGGACACACACUGGGGAAAAGCCCUUCAAGUGCGAGAGGUGUGAGAGGAGCUUCACACAAGCCACCCAGCUGAGUCGACACCAGAGGAUGCCCAAUGAGUGCAAGCCAAUAACAGAGAGCACAGAAUCAAUUGAAGUGGAUUAA